UCGAAAGGCGCUGCCCCGGCUCCGUUCUUGAAGCGAGCCGACCAGGAAUCUAGACGAACACAUGAUCAAAUUUGCCUACUCCGUUACGAAAAACAAGAGUAAAUUUCGUGCGAGUUCACGGUUGAACGCUGGGCGUGGUGAUCCUAUAUAUUCAAAACGAUUUUAGCCAGUGGGCACUCUUCGUUUGGAACAUAUAACGAAAAUGUUCGCUAAAUCUUGCAUGCCGGUUUUAUUCUGCUGUUUAACAGCAUCACUAGCUGCCUACAAUGGACCUUUAGCAGGAGGCCAGCCAGCUGCGCUCUAUCCAGCAGGCGUCGAUCCCAAAGCUUGCCCCAAUUUCCCGGUGUGCUCGAAUCCAUCAGUAGCCGUAAACCAAGUGCCCGAGCAAGCUCGAGCCCAGUACGCACCGGCGCCCCAGCAACCCGCCCAAUACCAACAACCUAUUCAAUACCAACAGCCUAGUCAAUACCAACAACCUCAAUACCAACAGCCUCAGUACCAGCAGCCCCAGUACCAACAGCCUCAGGCUCAAUACCAGCAACCCAUCCAAUACGAGCAGCCUAAUCGGUACACGCAGUCGCCUUUGUUCCAGCCGACUGGACAGGCUGCUGGAGCUCCUGCCGGGCCCGGUCAGUACGCUUCUGAAGUACAAAACGCCUUGGAUAGAGGCGAGUACAUUGGAGAUGGGGAUUAUCAUGGUGAAGGACUGGCGGAAGCUUUGGCUCCGGGAUUCGAAGGCCGACAAAACGCCGGUGUUGUUGAGAAUUUGAACGUGAGGCCCAGCAAUCCUGCGGUACAGUACAAUGGAGCGCCAACGGGACAAUAUAGAUUUAGUCAGAGUGGAAGUCAUGGACAACCUGCUCAGGUUCCUGCUGGUGUGGAUCCCAAUGCUUGUCCUAAUUAUCCAUUCUGUGGUUAAUUGGAUAUAUUCUACUUGUUACCGGAGUUUUUCUCGGAGAUAUUAAGGGCUGUUAAGUCCUGUUUUUGGACGUUUGUGAUCGAUAUAUUCGUUCGAUUUAUCGAACAAUAAAUAUUGUCUUUGCGUUUAUAUUUAACUAGGCG